AAUAUAUUUGUGGUAGUGUUAUAAUGUCUGAUGUAGAUCAGAUUACUCAAACAGAAGAAGAUGAUGAUGUACAGGAAAAAAGAGAGGAGAUGCCCAAACACCUCUUGAAAGACAAGCACACCAAGUUUUUUAAACAGAUGCUUAAUCUCCUGCCACAAGCUUAUCAGAGUCAUGACUCAUCACGUUUAACUUUGCUUUACUUUUCUCUCAGUGCAUUGGAUCUGAUUGGGGCAAUUGAUGACAUCAAUGACAAGAGAAAGGGAGAACUUGUAGCUUGGAUUUACUCACUUCAAAUAAAGCCUGAUGAUAAGCAUGGCUAUUCUAGAUGUGGAUUUUAUGCUACAGAUUCCCUACCCGAAUCAGUUGACGCUAAUUACGGACACAUAGCUAUGACUUACGUUGCUUUGUGCUCUCUAAUAAUUCUUGGAGAUGACUUAUCAGGCAUUGACAGGGAUGCCAUUGUACAAGGACUCAAAACCUUACAACUGGACAGCGGCUCUUAUCAAUGUAUCUCCUUUGGGACAGAAUCAGAUGCGAGAUUUGUCUAUUGCGCUGCUUGCAUUAGUUACUUUUUGAACGACUGGAGGGGGAUGGACGUGGAGAAGGCAGCAAAUUUCCUCUUCUCAAUUCAGUCCUACGAGGGAGGAUUCGCUCAAAACCUUGGCAGAGAAUCACACGGCGGCUCCACCUUCUGUGCACUCGCUGCUUUACAAUUAAUGGGGAAACUAGAGGACAUGUCAGAAGAAAACAGGAGCCGGCUAAUUUACUGGUGUCUGAACAGACAACAGAGUGGAUUUAACGGUCGCCCUAACAAACCAGUAGACACUUGCUACAGCUUCUGGUUGGGAGCAAGUCUUACUCUGCUCGGUGUCCAGGAGUUCAUUAAUAAGGAGUGUAACUUCUCCUUUCUUAUGACUACUCAGGAUCGCUACAUGGGUGGGUUCAGUAAAUGGCCAGGCUACCUCCCCGACCCACUACACAGCUACUUUGGAAUUGCUGGAAUGUUUGUUAUCUCGGGUGAGGUUGAGGUCCAUCCUGCCCUUAACAUCAGUAUGAGGGCUUACCGGAACUGGCAAUCUCUGUGUACCUCUUAGCUUGGUGAAAUUGCGGACUUAUUUUUGAUAUUGUAGUGUUGAGGUGCUAUGUUGUGUGAUAUGUUUGCUGCUGAUCGGCUAAAUUUUCUAUUUGAAGAAGUUUUGAGGCUCAAAGAGACAAAUAAUUCUACAGUUUUGUACAUAUUUAUUAUUUAUCAGUUUGUAAAGGGUAGUUGAUCUAUUGAACUUUAACUAAAUCAGGGCAACUUAAAUUAUUGCUGUUGCCUGAACUUUAUUUUGUAAGUGUAAAUAUUUUCAGUUUCUUAAAUCCUUCCUGCUAAAAUCGUUUGACUAACCUUACGUUUGUACCCAUUUGCUGAUUUUCUGGUUUCAACAGUAUAAAUCUAAUGAGAAAUUCUCGUGAUUGAACUUGGCCAUGUUCCAAUAUUGCCUUUAUCUUUUGUUCCAACGCUAAGGGUGAUUUAAGAAAUAAAACUGAUUUGUUAAGAAUUUUGAGAUAACAAACUCCUGCUUCAAAUGAUUUAAAAGUCAUAUUAACAUGCAGAAUGAAAGUAUCUAAAACUAAGCAGAUUUAACUUAGAGUAGUUUUGAUUAGAGUAGUUAGUAAAGUUUUAGUUUUAAUGAAUAAAUAAAUAAAACCAAGUUUUCUCCUUGUCUCAUGACUUAGAAAUCUGAUCCUUGAAAAUAAAUAAAGGACAAACGUCGCGCUGUAAAGUGCACCAAAGAAAGUUUCAAAUAAGAAAUGAAAGAAUGCAGCCUGCGCCUGAUAUAUUAUUGAGUUUUAAUUAACCCCAAGUGAUUUAUGCAUUUGGAGUUAAAAUAUUAAUCUAUGUGUAUUAUUAUGGUUAUGUAAUAAUUUCUUGUU